AUGCGCACCAAGGCGCUGGAGGAGGCCAGCGAGAAGGGACUAUUCCAGGAGACGCAUCCACGGCUGGUCCAUCGCAAGAAGCCUAUGUCUGUCCCUGCCUUUAGGAAGAGUUGGAAGAAUGCCAAGCUGGACGACCCGGGCAAUACUGAGGUCGUCACCCUGUAUGGCCGCGUCCAAUCCAUCCGCUUGCACGGGAACAGGCUCGUCUUCGUUACCAUUGUCAAUGAGUUUGAAAAGAUUCAGGGCAUGGUCAACUACCGUAACCUCGACAACCUCCCCGACAUGACCCUUGACUCCUUCAAGCUCUUUGCCCGGCUGAUCGAGAAGGGCGACCACAUAUCCAUCACUGGCAAGCCCACUCGUACGAGCACUGGCGAGCUCACCAUCCAGGCCGUAGUGCUCCCGGAGCUGCUCUCCCCGGCCAUGGAGCAAAUCCCGCAGACCCUGACGGACCCGGAGACGAAGUCGCGCAAGCGGCACGUCGACAUGAUUGUCAACCCCGAGGUCGCCGACAUCUUGCGGCUGCGCUCCCACAUCACAAAGUACAUGCGCGAUUACUUCCACGAGCAGUCCUUCCUCGAGUUCCAGACGCCCAUCCUUGCUGAGAACGCUGGCGGCGCCGUUGCGCGCUCCUUCACUACCCAGGCCACCGAGUUCCCCUCCAAGGAGCUCUCCCUCCGCAUCGCGCCCGAGCUCUGGCUCAAGCGCCUCGUCGUUGGCGGCGUCCACAAGGUCUUCGAGAUCGGCCCGGCCUUCCGCAACGAGGGCAUCGACGGCACCCACAACCCCGAGUUCACAAUGUGCGAGUUCUACAGCGCCUAUACGAACCUACCCGAGCUCAUCGCCCGCACCGAAGAGCUCCUCGCGGGCCUCGCGGCCCACUGUCAGCACCUCAUCGAGACCCAGCUCACCUCCCUCGAGCCCAUCGACGCCUCCAAGUUCGCCCGUCCCUUCCGUCAGCUCGAGUUCAUCCCAGCCCUCGAAGAAGCACUCGGCUUCCGCUUGCCCAAGCUCACCGGCAAGGAUGCCUACCCGGAGCUCAUCGCCGCGCUGGCCCUCUGCAAGAUCGAAGUUCCCGGUGGCAUCCCGCCGACGAUGCCCAAGCUCCUCGACCGCCUGGCAGCCGUCUACCUCGAGCCCAAGUCCUUCGAGGGCCCGCUCUUCAUCACGCACCACCCGACGUGCAUGUCGCCGCUCGCCAAGAGCUUCGUCUGUCCCGCCACGCUACAGCUCGUGUCGGCGCGCACAGAGCUCUUCGUCAACGGCCGCGAGCUGGCCAACAUGUACGAGGAGGAAAACGACCCGGCGGCACAGGCGCGCAAGCUCGCGGAGCACCGCUUCUUCGGCACCGGAAAGGACCAGGCGCUGCUCGAGGACAAGGACGAGCCGCACCCGCACAGGGACGCGCCCCUCGACAAGAGCUACAUCCGGGCGCUCGAGGCCGGGUUGCCGCCGACGGGGGGCUGGGGCUGUGGCGUCGAGAGGCUGGUUAUGCUGUUCUCCGGCGCCAACCGGAUAAGCGAUUGCUUGAGCUUCGGGACGUUGAAGAACGUGGUCGGCCUAACGUCCGAGGCGCAGAACCGCACAGAGUCUUAG